AUGUCUCCGCUCGAGCAGCCGACGGGCCGCGAGGUUUCCACAAACCCGCCGUCGACGCCAUCGCAGGCACACGUCUCCGAUCUGGCCGUCGCUGAAAGGACCGGCUCGGUCGUUGCCACCGACGCCCCGGCCUCCCACUCUCCAGCAUCCAAGGAUGAGACGGAACCACAAAUAACGACGGACAAGGCACCGGCCGCUGACACCUCCCACGAUGCAACCGCACGCACGAAUCCUCCCUCUACGCCGCCCCAGGUCAAGAGCCUGCAGGCCAACGAUGCCGAGGACGCCUUGGCCUCCUCAGUGGCCACCAUCAAACCCGCACACGGACAGCCUUCCUCCGCCGACACCUCCGCCCAGCUUCUCUCUGCCGCGCCCCCCAGAUAUGUCGACCCCACGCCACCGACCCCAAUGACCUCCCAGCCAUCCUCGCGAAGCCCUUCCAACGCCAGGUCUCCCAUCUCGGACGACGACAACGACCGAUCCCCCUCAAGGUCGGAUGAUGACAAGAGAUACACGAGCGAGGACGAUCAGGAUGGCGGCUCGAGGUCCGAGAUCCAGAGCAUCAUGGAUCAGUUCAGCGAGGCUGGCGGCGGCCCCGACGAGGACGAAGUCAUGAGUCCGAGGCUGGAGAUCACCUCCCCCAUGCUCGGUGGCGCCUUGCAGCACCCGCCUCGAAAGUCAAGCCUCGAGCCCGUCACGCCAUCCCUUCCUGCCGAUUUCAAUCCCUUGCACAUUUCCACGGCCGUCUCCUCGAGUGCCAGAUCCAUGAACCACGCGGACGACGAUUCCGGACCACCCGUGCCUCCCAAAGACGACCCUCGCGAGAGGCCUCUGCGAUCGGACGAGGAACGCAAAUCUUCCGUCGUCGUCUCUCCCACGUCCCCUACGAUGCCCUUGACUUUGCACCGCCCCCCACCUCCCGAGCCGGAGCCGGAGCCGUCGCUGCCAUUCGACUUUCAUCGAUUCCUAGAGCAGCUGCGCAACAAAAAGGCCGACCCCGUGGCAAGAUAUCUUAAGUCGUUCUUGUCCGAGUUUGCCAAAAAGCAGUGGAUGGUUCAUGAGCAGGUCAAGAUUAUCGGCGACUUCCUGGCCUUUAUCGCCAACAAGAUGAUGCAGUCCGAAGUUUGGAUGGACGUGUCCGAUGCCGAGUUUGACAAUGCCCGCGAAGGGAUGGAGAAGCUGGUCAUGAACAGGCUGUACGCUCAAACCUUUUCUCCCGCCAUAUCUCCGCCUAUGCCCAUACCGGAUGCGAAGCCGAAAAAGAGAGGCGGACCUGUGCCGAUGGGACCUGGCCGUCGAGGACAGCACCAGGAGGACGUCGAGCGGGACGACAUCCUGACGCAGAAGAUCAACAUUUACGGAUGGGUGAAGGAAGAGCAUCUUGAUAUCCCUCCCGUCGGCGAGAGCGGCCGUCGCUUCCUGAAACUGGCACAGCAAGAGCUUCUCAAGAUCAGGUCCUACCGAGCGCCUCGGGACAAAAUAAUAUGCGUCCUCAACUGCUCCAAGGUCAUUUUCGGCUUGCUCAAGCACAACAAAUCGGAUUCAUCCGCUGACUCGUUUAUGCCCCUGCUUAUCCACGUGGUGCUGCAAUCAAACCCAGAGCAUUUGGUGUCGAAUGUCCAGUACAUUCUACGCUUCCGGAAUCAGGAUAAACUUGGCGGCGAAGCUGGAUACUACCUCUCUUCACUGAUGGGAGCGAUUCAGUUCAUUGAAAGCAUGGAUCGUUCCUCACUUACCAUCUCGGAUGACGAGUUCGAAAAGAACGUCGAAGCUGCCGUCUCUGCGAUUGCUGAGAAGCAGCAGUUCAAGUCCCCUGUCAUAUCGCAGCAGGCCACGAUGAAUGAGAAGGUUGCCGUGCGUCCUAGAGAGCCCGCUGGACGGUCAUCGAUGGAUGGAGCAGAGCCCUCAACCCCUCGGUACUCAAUAUCAUCAAAUGAGGGCGAUUCGCGAGAAGAUGGUGCCGCCAUCACCGGCCUGCUGAGGACGUUCCAGAAGCCACUCUCCACCAUUGGUCGCAUUUUCUCCGAAGAGACCGGUUCAACUUCUUUUGGUCCAGGAAACCCAUCACACCCAAUGGCGUCGUCCGACCAGUACCCCCCACGCCACGGCCGAGAAGCUCGACACGAUCAACAACACGAUCAACGACACGAGCAUCGACACAACCACAGGCCUGACCACGGCUCCAGGAGGCAGUCUGUUCGCCACACCUUGUCUGCCGAAGAGGCUGCUGCCAGACAGGCCAGCGCGGAGGCAGCCGAGGCUCAUAGAUUGCAGAAUGCCGAGCACGCUAAUGUCGUUGAGACACUGUCCGGCAUGUUCCCGGACCUCGACAGGGAUAUUAUUAGCGAUGUGGUGUACGAGAAGGAAGGAAGCCUCUGCAACUCUCUUCCCAUGCCUGCAAACAUGGUCCCUUUUUCCUGA